AUGCAGAGCAGCCUUCACGAUGUGUCCCGACUCUGCGCUCGAGUUCCUCCACAGAAGCUGACUUGUGCGCCUCCUGACGAACUGGACGACGCGGCGUGGGACUACGGCGCGCCCCUCGCAGACUCAAGAGCUCGUCGCGCGCGGAAGGAAGGCUAUGAUGGCGGCGGCGGAGCGGCAUCAACGAAAUCCCACAGUUCAAGAGGGAAUCACGUCGACGGGUUUGGGACGCUGAACAUCACUACAUUCACCAGAAGAGUGCGGGCCUGGACACUUCCUCGAGGGAGUGAAGAACCGGGGUUCCGCGGCGACCAGUACGCGGAGGUGGGGAACAAGCUUAUGCUCGCGCUGGGAUACGAGGAGUAUGUCGUGCAGGGUGGAGACUGGGGCUCGUUCAUCGCCAGCAAGCUCGCCGCAGCGUACGGCCACAAAAGCGUCAAGGCCUGGCACACUAACUUCCGAGGUACGUCCCCUUCGUCAAGCGCGCAGCCCUCCGUCGCUCACCAAAUUCCCGCGACUCUGGCUACAGCACGCGCUCACGUCCUAUACGGAGAGGGACCGCGCGGGGCUCGCCCGCAUGGCGUGGUUCAUGACCAAGGGCCGCGGCUACUUCCUCGAGCAGGCGACGCAGCCGCAGACGCUCGGGUAUUCCCUUGCGGACUCGCCCGUGGGCCUACUUGCAUGGGUGUACGAGAACUCGUGAGCUGGUCAGACGACUAUCCCUGGACGACGACGAGUGUUGACGUGGAUAUCGUUGUACUGGUUCUCGAGGCCGGGACCCGCCGCGUCCGUGAGGAUAUACUACGAAGUGACGAACGCGAACGAGUACACGAACGUGCCGUGGAGCUCGAUCCCGUGCGGGCUGUCGUUCUUCGCGAAAGAGCUCAGCGCGCCGCCGAGGACGUGGGCGCGGACGCUGGGGAACGUUGUGAUCGAGUCGGAGCACGCUGCGGGCGGGCAUUUCGCUGCGCACGAGAGCCGGAGGACCUCGCAGCGGACGUGCGCGCGAUGUUCGGGAAGGGCGGGCCUGCGUUUGGGGUCGUGCCAGGGAGGAUUGGUUACGACUGA